CCUGCAGAUGCACGGCGAUAAAUCCAUUGACUGGAUCCCUUGAAACAAUUUCUGUUAUUCUUCCCCCUCUCGGCAGAAUCAUGCUGGACAAGCAGACCGAGUCUCUCCCACUGGCGGAGGAAAGACCGCUACUCCGUCAACCACCGCAUCAAUACCGGAGGUCUAUUCUGCACUUUUUUACCAGCGCUGGUCUACUGUUGCUUAGCAUCUACGCGCUCUUCCCGAGGCUGUCGCUCUUCAGCCCCUUCCAGCAACCGUCAUCGGGUACACCAUAUGAAUCUUUCGAGCGAUGUUCAAUUGAGAAUCUUCGAGAAACAGAGUACUACUUUCUGGAUACCGCUGCGCCUAUCUCAGUUGAGGAAUUCGAUGAGCGCCGGAACCGCCUCGCGAGGGCUCUGAUCGCCGAUGGGGCAGACGCCUUUGUCGUGGAGCCGGGGUAUACGUUCAAAUACUAUGCCAACGUGAGCCAGCCGGAAUGGGAGGUCUGGGAGCCGGAGGAACGCCCUUUUCUUAUGGUGGUGCAGCCCUAUCGUCACUCAUCGGGCCUUGUCACUGCAAAGACAACAUUCCUAGCCCCAUCAUUUGAGGCGGAGCGAGCCCGACUGCUAAACAUGCCGUUUCUCGAGCUGAUUGACAUCAUUCCUUGGGAGGAGCACUGGAACCCAUACGAUACGUUGAAGGAUUCUGUCAUCUUCUCGGCACAUGAUCGAGCACCGCGACUCAUGGUGGACGAGGAAAUGAGGGACUUUAUCCAACGGGGUCUCGGUCACUCAGGGUUCGAAAUCGUCGGGCUGAUGGGAGAAGUGGAGCGCGUCCGGCAGAUCAAAUCCGACACUGAGGUGGGAAUUCUUCGCGCCGUGAAUACCGGGACCGUGGAAGCCGUACGGCAGAUGCGCAAAUGUCUCUACCCCGGUCUAACCGAGAGUGAGAUCGCAAGGGCCCUGGACAAUACCCUUCGCUCGGCUGGGUUGGAGCCAUUCUUUGAUAUUGUCCUGUUUGACGAGAAUGCCGCCAACCCACAUGGAGGCACCAACGGUUCGAAGGUGCUUGAGCCGGAAACUUUUGUUUUGAUUGAUGUAGGCGCCCAUCUCCUUGGGUACUCAUCGGAUAUCUGUCGAACCUUUUUCCCGCCGUUCCUUGAGCCACCGACACCGGAUAUGCCCGCCCCGACGCGUUUGAGAGACAAGCUGGAGGUGUGGGACAUUGUCUUUGAAGCUCAAACGCAAUCCAUCAGGCAGUUCCGGGUCGACGCCAGUGCUGCCAGCGUCGAUAUUGCUGCCCGGGAGGUGAUCACGGACGCCGGGUACGGGGAGGCCUUCACCCAUCGUGUUGGACACGGAAUUGGAAUCAAAGCCCACGAAAGCCCCUAUCUGAACAAGGGCAACCAUGCGACCCUCCUUCAAGCCGGCAUGACGUUCACCUCGGAACCUGGGGUGUAUCUGGUGGAUCGAUUCGGGGUACGGCACGAAGACAUCUUUCUGGUGCGGGAGGGUGGGGAGGCAGAGCUGUUGACCGGUCGUCGAGCAUCUGGGCCUUGGGACCCAUAGGCAUUCAGUGUAUGUUGGUACAUGCAAUAUAUGAACGCGCGGGUGAAUUUUGAUAUAGUAGAUAGUAGGAAAAAGUUGUUGCCAUUGGAGGAGAGGUGGUGGUGGUGGUGGUGAUAUUGUUGUGUUGGGGGGUGUGUUGUGCUUCUCCAAAAGUGGAGGAGGCGGAGACCAUUUGAGAGAAGCCUCAGGCACCAGAGCACGGGACCCACGGCUUUCCCGGUCGGCAUCUUCCCUUUCC